AUGAGGCGUCCACAGAGCGUACUGGAUGGCCCGAGGUCGGAAGCGAAGAACAAACGGCAGAAGAAGCGUGGGGAAAGUGCGGGGGUGCGGCGUGCCGUUUUCUCCGAUGUUCCAAAAGACGAAGUGGAGUCAUACACCGAGCGUCUCCGGGAACUUGCCACGCAGCAGGCACGGCUGGAGCGGGAGUUUCAGCAACGGAGCACCGCCAACCGACGUGCUAUUCGGAAGAUGCAUGACGAGAACACACACCUGCGCACUAUCCGUGCCGGGACGAGUGAUGUGACGGCGGUGGAGUUGGAGCAGCUUGAGCAGUGUAAAUUCAUUGAGCUACGACGUCUCAACCGCCUGACGCAUCAACUAGAGAAACUAGAGGAGAAAUUCCGGGAGAAAGAGAUGGCGCGUCGCCUCAAGGAAGAGGCAGACAAAACGCCGCCGCUUGAAGCUGUCACUGGCAAUCGCAGCGUUGUGCUGCGCAUUCAGAAAUUAGAGAAGCAACUGGACAAGAUGCUAACUGAACAGCAAUGUGUAAGAAGCAUUAGAAGCAUGUACGAAAAGGUGUUGGAGGAGUUACGGGAGGAAUGGGCGGGCCGCGAGUCUUCUGUCGCCGUCCUGGAGCAUGACAUUGAAACCCGGCGGAGGGAAUAUGCCAAGCUGGUCCUGAUGUACAAAAACGCCAAUACCGACCAUCAAAUUGCAAAGGAAGCGUUACAAAAAUUUAAGGAUGAAUUUGAGGAGGGGCGACGAAUGAAAGACAAGGCCCUCGGUGAUCGCCGUCUACGUGUGGAACGGGCGCUUAAGGAAACGCAUUAUCUGGAAACUCGGGAGGUAAAACUUCAGAAUGACAUCGAGACGGAGCACCAACGCAUUGAGGAGGCAGAGACACUGCAUAAAGAGAGAAUACGCCGAAGACAGCACUCAGUGAGUGCGAUGGAGCGCAUUUCUAUGGUUCAGCGGGAGCCACAGCAGCAGGGAGACGGAGGUGACGACCGGCUGCAGACAAUCGGUGGGACGCCGGAGGAUGAGGAGCGCGUGCGGGCCUACGAGGAAUCCCUGCGAAAGAUGAUGCGGGCCACCGAGUCGUCGACAAUUGAUGAGCUGAUGACAAAAUUUGAGCUUGAGUACGCCGCGCGGCUACAGUUGCAGGAUCAGGUUCGGGAGGAAAAGGCAAAGCUGGAGCGGCUCUCUGCGGUGGUGCGGCGUCUGAGGGAGGAGACGAGGCACGCGAAGCUCUGCGGUGUCGGUCUACCUCCCGUGACGUCGGGUUUACGGGAUGAAGUUGUAAAGUGUAUUGAGGAGGCCACCGUUAAACGUGAGGAGGCGGUUCAGGGAACUGCGGAAUUGCAACAACUCCUUGCAGAACUAACGCGGCGUGUGGAUGUGCUCGCUGCCGUCGUUGCAACUUAUCGCCCUGAAGUCUCCGUGCCCCUAACCACGGCUGAAAACUACAUCACAAACAUGCGCAUUGUUAUGCAAAAAAUAUUCUCGCUAGCCGACGAGGCAAUCAGCCGUGAUCAUGCGCCGGUUAAAAUGGACUUAAUGCUCGUUGUGGUACCACCCAGCAACACACGAAUUGCGCUUCCAUCUCCAGGGACGACAGGCGCCGCGUGGCGUGAGAGCUCCCAUGACGUGGAUAAUAGUGCUGCCUCCGAGCAAGAAAUGGGCAGCUUUGGUAUAUUGCCCUCCGGCGAAACAACAGAUGUCAAGGCCUCCUUCUGUCCAAGCACAGCUUCUGACGAGGAGGUAUUAAAGGAUGCUGAGCGCAGCGUGACGCUGCUUGACAAUGAGGAUCCCCUUACCCGAGAACAAAUUAAACGAUUGGCAACAGUUGUGCUAAGGCGUGAGGCACGCCGAAGGCAACUGGAAAAACGCCGCCGAUGA